GAAAAUGCUAUUAUAUUUGAUCCUUGUGACUGUCAUCGUCUCUUGGACCAGUGCUGAUGUCAGAGAAAAUGCCAACCUGCUUUCAAAAUAUAAGAGAGAUUCAAGAUUACAAUCCCCUUCUGUCAUGGACUUACUUCUUUACUUGGGUAAACAAAGUAAAGUUAUGGAAGAUAUGCAGAAAGAAAUCAAAUCAAUGCAACAUCGAAUGAAUGAGCUUCAAAAUCUGACCAAUAAAAUCAAAACUUUAGAAUCAAAAGUUUCAAGCAUUCAAAUGAAACAAACAUCACUAAAGAGAAAAAUUACAACAGAUGUGGAAAAACUACAAAAAGAAGACCGUAAUGUGGCAGGGAAAAUAACAAAGAUUUCAGCUCGAAUCAUAAAUGUGAAGACUUCGUUACAGAAUCAAAUCAACAAUAAUAAAUGUGAGAGUGGAGUCGUCAAGUCUUCCAAUUUCAGGAGAGCAAAUAUGGAAUCCAACCACAGUGAACGUUUUUGCGAGACCUUUCUUGAAAAACUUAACACUGUUAAAUGGACUUUCCUUGUACAAUUCCUCCCAUACAACCAAUGA